GUCUGCUGCCUUCCGCCUCUGCCAGCAUGGCUUGCCAGUCAGCUCUGAGGCCCCUUCCUCCAGGCAGCCCACCCUGAUCCACACUCAGGUUAACAGCCAAGAGUCCCUCCUCCUUCCCUUCCUCGGGGCGGCACCAACCUGGACGCCAAAGAUAUCCUCGCAGGGGUGGCGUUUGAGCAGGGCCCACUCGGACGUCUGGCCCUGUAGCAGACAGACGACGGAGGCCGUGUGGCUGACCACCCCGUGGACGCAGGCUGAGGAUGCAGCGCUGGAAGGCAGCGGCCCUGGCCUCGGUGCUCUGCAGCUCCGUGCUCUCCAUCUGGAUGUGUCGGGAGGGCCUGCUCCUCGGCCACCGCCUCGGACCUGCGCUGGCCCCCUUGCGCCGGCCACCUCGCACCCUGGACGCCCGAAUCGCCCGUCUGGCCCAGUACCGUGCACUGCUGCAGGGCGCCCCGGACGCGGUGGAACUUCGAGAACUGACGCCCUGGGCCGGGCGGUCCCCUGGUCCGCGCCGUCGGGCGGGGCCCCGGCGGCGACGCGCGCGUGCGCGGUCGGGGACACGGCCGUGCGGGCUGCGCGAGCUCGAGGUCCGCGUGAGCGAGCUGGGCCUGGGCUACGCGUCCGAAGAGACAGUGCUGUUCCGCUACUGCGCAGGCGCGUGCGAGGCGGCCGCGCGCGUCUACGACCUGGGGCUGCGGCGCCUGCGCCAGCGGCGGCGAGUGCGGCGCGAGCGUGUGCGCGCUCAGCCCUGCUGCCGCCCGACGGCCUACGAGGACGAAGUGUCCUUUUUGGACACGCACAGUCGCUACCACACGGUCCACGAGCUGUCGGCGCGCGAGUGCGCCUGCGUGUGACCCUA